CCAGGGAUGAUCCAGGCGUUGGGCGGGUUUUUCGCCUACUUUGUGAUCCUGGCCGAGAACGGGUUCCUGCCCUCGGGGCUGGUCGGGAUCCGGCUGAACUGGGACGACCGGACUGUGAACGACUUGGAGGACAGCUACGGGCAGCAGUGGACGUACGAGCAGCGCAAGGUGGUGGAGUUCACCUGCCACACGUCCUUCUUCGUCAGCAUCGUGGUGGUGCAAUGGGCUGAUCUGAUCAUCUGCAAAACCAGGAGAAACUCAGUGUUCCAGCAGGGCAUGAAGUGAGACAGGC